AUGAACAACAACAUCAGAAUAGCCAUAAUAGUGUUAAUCCUGCUUGGGAUAACGGGGAUCGUAUACCUGUACUCGAUCCGGUGGCGGUCCCAGGCACGAGCGCAACUAUUCAUUGCGCAAGCAAAAUCACGGAAAAGACGGAUAUCGGAGCCACAAUCCCAGCCGCAGCCUCAAGCUACUACCCCGAUCCAAGUCACUGUUGUGCGUGGUCGUUCCCGUGCGCCUUCACGGCGUCCUUCGCCGCGGCCGUCUGCGCCUCAACUUCCGGUUCUGCCUCCACGCGCGGCAUCGACGACGUCCAAGAAGGGACAGAGGGGGAGGAGUAGACCGAAUGAGCGCCAGGAUAAUCGGCAGGGGUCUGGGCCGGGGGCAUCGAGAGAACAGUCCCGGAUGUCGAAGAAACAACGAAAGAAACAGAAUGAGCGACAACAAACAGGGCAGACCGGGGGUGAUGGUAAUGUGGCGUGCUCUGGAGGUGCAGGCCAACCGGCGCAGCAAGAGUGCUCUAAUCAAGCUGCAGACGAUGAGUGGGGUGCAGGCCCGUCCCAGCAGGAUAUUACACAAUACACGGGGCCGCAGGAUGAACAGUCACAGCCUGGACCUAAUAAUAAUGAGUGGGAGACUGGCAAUGAGGCUGUUGUGGGGAGUUCUGGAGGACCGACGUCUCCUGAUGCCGAUUGGCUUAAUACGGGGGAUAGUGGAGGACAACCGGAGGCAUCACAGGGGGGAUGGCAUGCUAAUGAUGCGAUGGAACAGAGCAGCGGACAGCAGCAAACGAAUAUUGGGGGUCAAGGGGGGCCCAGCUGGUGA